AUGGCGAAGAAUGAACAGGUGUUACUUAAGGUGUUAGUAGUACUGAUAGUAUUAAUCCUUCUGAUAAAUGCAGCAGUCAUUGUCGUUGCUGUACUCUUCUUACCAAAUCAAACAAGUUAUGAUUUUACAGUCGACAACAGUGUUUUCAGUGAUCUUGAACACAUUGGGAUUCACUAUAUCGAUGAUUUAGUACCUUUCACAGAGAACUUAGACAAUGUGUUCUCUAAAGACUUUUUUAAGGCAACAAUAUGUUUAACUGCUGCUGAAAUUAUAAUGUCCUGUCUGAUCCUGAUUUCAAUGAAAGGCAAAGAACGUUGGAGAAUAAUAAGGAUAAUAAUUUUGGCCAUUUGUAUUGUUAUUAGCGUCAUUACGAUUGUGCUAUUUACAGUACAAACAAUCAAUAAAAGGACUUUGGAGAACCCGAUAAACAUGUACCAAAAAACCAACGAAUCAUAUAUAGAUCUGAAGCAAAAUAUGACUGCAUCUCUGCAUAAUGAUUAUACCAGUGAUAAAACAGAUACAGAAAACAACGUAUCCAAUAGCUGGAAUUCAGAUUUUUUCAUUAAGCGUAACUGUUGUGCUGUAAACCCCAUAAACUCUACCACGAAUGACUUUGACACAACUCCAUGGUGUACAACAUCUGGAGACUGUCAGCAAACAAACUCGCAGAUACCAAAGACUUGCUGUGAAAGUUAUUCUGCAAAAAAUCCUUCAAACACCAACAGAAUUUGCCACGAAUAUGUAAAGUCCGGCUUCUAUAAAGAGGGAUGUUUUAAAGUAGUGAAAGAGGAGCUUCAGUCACGAAAGGAUGUUUAUAUACAACAACAAAAGGAAAAGCAAAAGGAACAAAAUAAGUACUUGGAGGAUGUAACCAUAUACUGGAAAAGAUUAAGUUAUAUAAAGGGUGUGUCCCUUUUGCUUCCUGUAAUCUGUCUAAUUCUCAGUGUGAUUUUAAACAAGAAACACCAAAGUAAGGAUUCAAAAACAGAGAUGAAUAAAUUGUAGUGAAGGCAUACGACGUACUAAAACAACAAUAGUGAUCUAAAUGAGUGGCUUUGUGUGACGACGUACAUUACUUGUCAGGGUUAUAAUUACCACUCCUCCCACCUAUUUAUGUUGUGGAGAAGAUAUGUGUUUUUACUACUUAGCAUAAAACAUUCAGAUCCGAUCGUUUAAGAAACUAGAAGACAGAUGACAGAGAAAUUUUCAACCCAUAUUUGUAACAUAUGGGAAGAACUUAUGAACAAUCCUUUCCCUGAAAUUAACCUCCCAAAGUGAAUGUUAUUACUCCUUUCAUUUUUAAUAAAGAUGUAUGCAUUUUUUUAUGAUACAUAUGUUUAUUUUAAUUUAAUAACUUGUGUUAUUUUUCUGCACAUGUGUUAUGAACAUGCAUUUAUUUAUUUGAAACAUUUAUUUAGGAUUAUGUUUUUUAAUUUAAAUUUCAUUUUAAAAAGAAUAACCGUUCAUGCAAUGAUUUGUCCAAUAAAGCAAUUACAUGAAAACGAAAACUGUAUAACAUAUCGGAGAAAUUUUGUUACCGUACAACGCUUAUUAUUUUAUCUUUAUAAACAUUUCUCAUUAAAAACAUUAAUUCUACAUUCAGAUAUAUCUACGACAUUUUAUCAAUUAACAAUAGUAUACUUCCAUCCAUAGGUUGAUUCGAUAUAUCGCAGUGAACACGAUAUCAAAGACACAUCUGCCACAUCUUUUUUCUAUUUGGAUGUUUUAAUUAAUAUAAACAUUAACUUACAAAUAAACUGUAUGACAAACGAGAUGGCCUCAGCUUUUCAAUUGUCAACUUUCCAUAUUUAUGUAGUCAUAUUCUACAAUCACCUGUUAAUGCUGUUUAUGUCUCACAACCUACUCAAUACUCAAGAGCAUGCUCUGAGUACGAUCAAUUUUUUAAACCGAAGCAGGUUAUGAAAAAUAAAUUGUAUGUUACAGGGAUUUCAAAUACACCUUUAUGUCAGUAUUUCUAAAAUUCUAUGGUAGUUAAUAAUUACCUUGUUUGCAAAUAAAUAUAGUUUCUAUUGUU